CUGGGAUGGCGUCCACUGGACAUGGAGAAGAUGGCGAGGAGAAGAGGAAGAGUGAAGGCAAGAGGAAGAGGGAAGAGGAAGGCGAGGAUGGAGUCAAGAGGAGGAGAGGAGACGGCGAUGGAGGAUCAGAGGAUGAGGAGCCAACACCUGGGAGCAGCCAAGGAACAUUGGGCACCUACCCCAGACUAACGGUCAGCAGCUACCAUCUUCACCAGCUCCUGGGUAGGGGCAACUUUGGCAAAGUGGUCCUGGCAUCAGUCCCUGGUCAAGACACCUACAUGGCCAUAAAAAUCGUCAACAAAAAAGAGGACAACAAGGAUACCAUCAAGAGAGAGCUGCGGAUACUCCUGGCGGCCCGAGACUGUCCGUUUCUAUGCCACCUCUACGCCGCACAUCAGUCUUUGGAGCGUGCCUACUUCAUCACAGAAUAUCUGUCUGGCGGCAGUCUGGAGGAUUUGAUCAGGGUGUGCGGCUAUCUGGACAUCGACAACAUAAGGUUCUACGCAGCAGAGAUGGUAUGUGGGCUCCAGUUCCUCCAUGGACAGAACAUCGUCCACAGAGACCUCAAGCCGGAGAACAUCAUGUUGGAUGCAGAAGGCCACAUCCGCAUCAUUGACCUGGGCCUGGCACAAGAUGGAGUCACCGCCUCCAGUAGGAUCGAUGGAGUGACAGGAACAUUCUACUACAUGGCCCCGGAGGUGCUUCUCGGGAAGGAGUAUUGUACAGCAGUUGACUGGUGGAGCCUCGGGAUUGUGUUGUGCAGGAUGGCAACAGGACGCUUCCCAUUUUACAUUGGCCACAGCAAGCAGAAGGUUUUCAGAGCCAUCACCAGAAAGGAGCCGAAAUUUCCACCCGGGCUGGAUGCUGCUAUUGAACAUCUCAUCACUCAACUGCUACGCAAGAAUCCGGACAAGCGCCUGGGGGUGCGAAGAAACAUCCGGACGCAUCCAUUCUUUUCCACCAUUGGCUGGGAGGAGCUGGAGGAGAAGAGAGCAGAGCCACCAUGGAAGCCGUAUAAGACAGUUCUGCGAAAUCACCAUCUGCUCCAACUUGAACAGGAGCACAUUCAGCUUCUGCGCCAUUGGAUUGGAGUGGGAGCAUAA